CGCGAUUUUAAACAUCAAGGUUAACUUACAAAUGUGAAAUUCAGUAGAAUGCCUGGAACAGUCAAAGUGCGGGUUAUAUCAGCAAGAAAUUUACCAGUUAUGGAUAGAGCUACAUUUCUUACAGAUGCUUUUGUUGAAUUGUGUAUCGGAAGCAUAACUUACAAAACAGAAGUAGUUCGUCGAUCUCUUAAUCCUUCGUGGAAUAGUGAAUGGUUCUGUUUCGAGGUACCUGUUUUUUUCUGAUUUUUUUUCAAUUUGCAGUUAGAUGACCAAGCUCUACAAGACGAGGCGUUACUACUUAAAGUUAUGGAUCAUGACACUUAUAGCGCACAUGAUACCAUCGGGAGAGUUUACUUUGAUUUAAAUCCCUUACUGAGUCGUGGGCAAACCAGAUGUUUAAAUGGUUGGUUUCCAAUCUAUGACACUAUGCAUGGAAUUCGUGGGGAAAUCUGUUUGGCUAUUCGAGUAGAUGUAUUUCUUGACGCUAGUCGCUAUCACCAAUCUUCCCUUGGAGUACGCUUCUAUCACUGUUGUACUAUUCCACAAGGCUAUGUAAUAGAUUCUCUUAUUGGUUUUAUUCAAGAACUUGUUAUGAAUGAUGAUCCAGAACAUCAAUGGAUUGAGAAAAUACGCACAUCAAGAGCAUCAAAUGAAGCUAGACAACGUUUAUUUAGUCGUCUUAGUGGAGAGUUGCAACGAAAAAUGGGUUUAAAAGUCCUAAACUUGGGUGGAAAUUCUUUAAUUGGAUAUCAACUUCAUUUUGACUUAGAGGGUGAAACAGGCGUAGUUGUUCGUGGAAUCGGAACAGCUGUUCGUUUAAAGAAGUAUAAUCCAGUAACAACUCCUCCAAAUACUCCAACAGGAAUUUCAAAAAAUAGUUCACACAACUGGGAAUCUCCUAAUGCAUCAUACAAGGAAAGUGGUGUACAUAACCUUCAAUCACAUGUCCCUCAAGCUUUAGAACUUGGCGAAUUUCCAUUCUUAACAAUAUCUCAACCAUUACCGGGUAUGAUAUUACAUUUUGGUAGUUUAGUUGCAUCGAAAUCUGUACGAUUGUUGGAUAAAAAUUCUCCAGCUGGAAUACAAUUUCGAGAUGCAUGGUGGCUUGAAUUACGUACUGAAAUAGUUGCACAUAUGCGUAGUAUUGGAUGUGAUGCUGUUCUAGCAUAUCGUGAAGAAUGUACAAUCUAUGAAGAUGUUUGUAUACUUCAAAGUUAUGGUACAGCUGUACAAAUCAAUCCUAAAUGGAUUAAUGAUUUAUCAUACAAAAUUACAACUACAAAUUCUCUUGGUCAUAUUUCUGUAACUUUGGCAAAAGCUAGUGAAAAAAUUUGUGAAUCUAUGUCAUCAUCUAACUAUUUCACAACUAUUGAUCAAUGUACUUCAAAAACGUCCUGUACUCGUAGUUGUUCUCCUGAAUUCACUACCGCUAAACAUCCUCUUUCUAUGUCAUCAUCAGAAACAACUCCUGUCCCUUCGCCUACGUCUUCAUAUAACAAAGAAUCUUAUAAAGAAACAACACCUGAUAAAUAUCUUUCACAUCAAAAAAUACUUCAUGAUAUCAACAACUCAGUCAAACCUAAUUGUCACAUAUGUCAUCUGCCAUCAACAUCCGAUACAAAUCCUAAUCGAUUUACUUCUCCUGUUACUUCGUCACGAUGUUCUAUAUGUAAAGCCGCUAAUGUUCCGGAUUUAUUAUUCUCUUCGUCAGACUUUCCUCCAGAACUAGUAAUCAUUGGUAAUCCAGCCCUAGUACAAGCACGAGUUUGUCGAACGAAGAAAGAUACUAAAGGUGAAGUGGCAGCAAGUGAAUUAAGUGAGAUUCUCCCUUUCAUUGAUUAUGAACUACAUUAUCGUUUAAUGCAGAAACUGAGGUUACGUAAUAUGAAUGGUUUGUUUGGAUUAAGAUAUCGUAUAGCUAUUGGAGAAUAUAUGAUUGCUGCUAUCGCUACUGGUACUGGUGUAUACAUUGGUGCUUUACCGUCACCUCCACCGCCUAGAAUUAUUCCAUCUUUACAGUCCUCAGCAAUCCCUGAAGAUCGAUGUGGUUAUGAAAGAUUAAAAAGGCGAAUUGAUGACUAUCUGAAAACGAAUCGUCAAUUGUAUCGAAUCCCAGAUACUGUUUAUCAAAGUAAUUUAAUCAAACAUGAUAAAUUUGAAAUAGAUACAAUUAAUGACAAACAUUAUACUAUUGAAAAUUGUACAAAUCAUUUUAAAUUAAUUGAAAAUGAAUUCAAUCAACUAGAUAUUAAUAAUAAUAUAACAAUGAAUAAUUUUAAAGAUAAAUUCAAACAAUCAACAUUAUUAACAUCGGAUUUAAUUCAUUCACAUAAUACUGAUGAUACAUUAUUCCUUGAAACUAGAGAACCGGAAAUUGAAGAAUUAGCUGUUCUAUUACAAGAUCCUUUUCAACCACAAGGCUUAAUUCUUACAACUACAGAAUCUAUACCAAUAUCCAAUGACAACUCAAUAUUAAAUGAUAAUAAUAAUAAUUCCAUAUUAAAUAAUUCUAAAAUGUUUAUUCAUUCAUCUAUACCAGUUUCAAUUAAUUCUAAUGAAUUGUUUAAUUGUAACUAUCAAUCAAAUAGUUUUAUACGUGUACAUGAAACUGAAUUAACUGUACCGGAUUCAUUUUUUGAAACAUCUAUUUACUCGACCAAUUAUAAUAAUACUCCUAGUUUUACAUCAUCAUGUUAUAAGGAAUCAAAUUUAUUGAAUUCAACAAUUGUUACAUCAAUAUCUUCAAUAACAACUGUAACUUCAUCGAUGAAAUCACAUUCUUCUACACAGAAUUAUCAGAAUUUAACUCAUUCAAAUUCUGGAAUACAUUUGAAUUUUCCACAAACAACUACAAUACGUAAUAAUAAUAAUAGUAAUUAUUAUGAUUAUUAUUCAACCUGUUUAACAAAUAACGAACAAAUGGCAACAACUACACUAACAUCAAGUACAAGUACUUUCACAUCAUCUCCAUCGUCUUCACCUAGUUCCAAUAGUUUAUCUAUUUAUAAUAAUAAUUAUAAUCAGAAUAUUUUGAAAACGAAACAACAUAAUACUUUACAUUGUAUAAAUGGAAAUAGUUUAGGUAAAGCAUUACGUGAAUUUAAUCAGUUAACUUGGUUCCGAUUUCGUCAUUAUAUACCAUGUAUAUUAAAUGCUUUGGAUUAUCGUUUAUCAUUUACAGAUGAUGAACAUUUACAAAUAAUAGCUACUGGUAUGAUACUUCGUCCAACUAAUUCAUCAAUAACGAGAAGUGACGAAAAACAGUAUACAGUGUUCAAUGCCCAGUCCACAAAGAAUUCUCCCAUGACCAAUGAUAGUUCUUCCUCGACCAGCAACAAUAAUCACAAUACAAAUUCAGUUGGUAAUUUUGAUGUUGGUGAUGAUGGCAAUACAAAUGAACGAAAAGCAUCAAUAAAAAAUCGUCCGAAAUUCCAUUUACAUAAACCUACAUUAUUAUCUAGAUUGAAAAGUGAUUUAAAAUCAAGAAGCCUCAGCAAAAGGACUACUGAUGGAAUGAUGAUAAAUAAUGACGAUAUCCCAACUGAACAAAAACAAUGUAAACAACAAUUCAUCGAUAAACAACAUACAUCCGGUUGUAUACUUACACCAUUGUCAUCAAUACCGAAUACAUAUGUUGAAGCUUAUCUUGGUAAUUUGGAUUUCUUUUUUGUUAGAGAAACGACUGAUCUAAGAGAAGUUGGUGGUAUAUCGGGUUUUUUGCAUACAAGUUUAACUGAAGUACAAGCUGUUGUUGGAGCACAUACAACUAGCCUAGGUGGAAAUGCAUUAUUAUCAUAUCAUUUAAGUGAAGUUGUUGUUCUUCGACCAACUUCAAGAAAUCAAGCUCAAUGUUUGUUAAAUGUUUGCGGAGAUAUGGCUAGAUUAAAUUGGGAAGAAAUAACAAAGAAAAUUCCUUAAAUCUUAAAAAAAAAAAACAAUUUCCGUUGUCAAUUUAAAACUUUAUAUUUGCACAGUUACUGAAAUUUUCAAAAAUUCAAUUGUGAAUUCGGUUGGAUUCACUUUGAUUUUGUUUCAUCUGCAUAAUAAAUAAAUAAAUAUGUAUAUAUUUCCUUACUGUCUUUUUGAAUUCAUCAUUUUAAGCUCAUUUCCAUUGGUAUAUUUGUUGUGGAUGCGGAAGGAUAGACCAAUAAUUAUAAUGUUAAGUCCGAUGGUGUCCUUGGACUUUAAAUGGGCAUUUCCUACUGGCCGAUAUUUGUCCACUUGUUGAAUAUGG